AUGCUUAUCGUACACCACAUGCGCGUCUCUCAAUCAGAGCGCAUCGUCUGGCUCUGCGAAGAGCUGGGCAUUGACUACGACCUCAAGCUAUACCGUCGAGACCCAUUCUUCUCGCCUCAAGCACUCAAGGACCUCACCGAGAUCGGCACUGCUCCUGUCAUCCAGGAUGGUGACUUGACCAUGUCAGAGUCAGCUGCUUGCGUCGAGUAUAUCAUCCACAAGCACGGAAAUGGUCGUCUUGCUUUACCACCAUCACAUCCAGACUAUGCCAACUAUCUGUACUGGUUCCACUAUGCCAACGGCUCUCUACAGCCAGGCGUGAGCCGCAACAUGUCGCUCAAAUCUGCCGGAAUCGAUCCCAGCAACGAUACUUUCAAACGCUACAUAGCAAGACUGGACCAAUACUUGCGACACAUCGAUGGCCAUCUAGGACGUGGCAACGACUGGUUGGCAGGCAAAGAGUUUACCGCCGCCGAUAUCAUGACUGUCUUUACCCUCACCACGAUGCGUACAUUCUACAGUCUUGAUCUGAGCCCAUACAAGAACAUUUUGCCGUACCUCAAACGAGCUGUCGAGAGACCUGGAUACAAGAGUUAUCGCGAGAAGGGAGAGGAUUCCGACUUUCCUCUUAUGAUUGAUGGACCUGCUCCGGAGAACUUCAUAGAGAAGUUUAGGUCCAAGGCUUGA